CGAUACUGGCAGCACUGCACCUCGCAGCCUAGUGGUGUUCCUAAUCGAGGUAUACCCUUUGUACGCGAGUGACAUGCGAGUGUCAUCUAUAACCGUCAGUCUGAACUGUUUAUAGUUUGAGGUGUCAGUUGUCAGUAAGUGAUGUAAAUGAAGAUCAAAUUCUGCAAGUCAGCACUUAGUACAAGCUACACGACCAAGUUUGGAUUUUUUCGGAAUUAGUUAGAUAAAAAUAUUUGGAUUUAACGUACAUAUAUACCAGCUACGUUGAGUGUAAAUUAAGUAUUCUGGAAAUAUCUCCAGGUCAGCAAUAUUAAUUGGAUUGCGUGUGAUUGAACACAGUUUGUUGGAUUUAUCGAUCUAAGAAAGACUAAAUUGUGAGUAUUAAUCGUCAUUGAACUAGUGUACAUUAUUUAAUAAAAUUUCCCCAGCUUCAAGAAUUGCGACACGAUCAAUAAAGUGCGUUUCUCUGGAGAGGUCCGAAAACGAUAACCAACAAAACUUGAAGAAUUUACUUCUCGGAAUCUGUGGACAGAAGGAUGCCGGAGACGGAGAGAAACGACUGCAGAGUCUGCCGGCGAUCGAACAACCUGGACAACAUGGUGUUCUGUCCACGGUGUGAAGAAUGGUAUCAUUACCAAUGCGCUGGGGUGAAUGAAUCUGUUGCGGACCGAAGCUGGGUGUGUGGUAAUUGCUCGAUUCUGCCACCCAUCGAUCCACCUGGGCAAACAAGCACUCCGGUGAGUAUGGUGAGUAGUGUUCCGUAUGUAACGACGACAUCUUCUGCCGGUCUACAGUCAAUCGCGGCCAGUGCACCACCCGGGUUGCCACCAGCAGGAAUGUCGACUGCUGCACAGGGUCUGGAAAACCCAAGACAGUCGAUCUUAACAGACCAGGCAAGAGCUAGCCUUCAGUGGAUCCAGGAACAGCGUGAAAACUUGGAGAAGGAGAUGGAAGAAAACCAUAGACAAGAAAUGGAACGGAAGCGGCAGGAAUUGAGGAAGCUUGCCAGUAAAGCUAUGUUAGGCAUAGUUGAGAGCACGAAUGAAGGCAUUGUGAACAGCUGGAAUGGACAGUCUGCAGCGGCGGGAGUCAAUAAAGUGCAGAACUGGAUGCAACAGAUGGUCGGCGAAAUGAGGAACCUUUCGAUUGCUCAGCCGAGCGGAAGGGCAGAGGAAAUUAUUUCGGGUGCACCAACGUUUGAUAUCAGUUCCUUUCUGACCACUUCAGGUACGCCUGUACACGGACUUGACCCGACCCCGUCGUCAACUAUCCACGGAUCGCAAGGUAGGUCAGUGGUCAUUCCGACAACUAUUCCUUCGGUUCAUUCGAUGCCAGUCGGACCAUCACAGUUAAGCUCUGGAAGUUGGCUAGGUGCAAACAUGCAGACUGAAAUUAAUCGUUAUCAGCACCUAGGGACGAUGCCAAGAGGGUUAGUUAGUCGAGUGCCACCAGGGUUGGGAAUCAAUACACAAACAAAUGUUGUGACAGCCUGCUCUACGGUUCCAACCGUGGGUCCUACUUCGAAUCAUUCGGGCCUUUCGGUUGUAACCGGUCCAUCGGUUGCUGGUAAUCCGUUGAUAAAUACUCUAUCACAACCACAAUUUUAUGCCAGGAUAGCAACAAACACGAGUGCACCCUUCGUGCAAUCAGCAACAUCUUUUCCUAACUUUGUUCCUGGGCAGGCUUUCAACACCGCGAUGAAUGGGAGUAGCCAGGCCAUCCAGCAGUUUCCAGAUACAGGAUAUGCAAACGUUGUUGGUGCAAAUGGAGGAGUUCCCCUUAGUCAGAGUAACUUCCAAAGUCUUCCAAGGAUGCCUAAUCCGCUAGCUCAGCUUCAAAUCGUUCCUUCGCAACACCAGCUACUGGCGAGGCAGGUUAUGCCCAAGGACCUUCCUCCAUUUCGGGGGGACCCAGAAGACUGGCCAUUGUUUUAUAGUGCGUAUGUCAACUCGACGACGGCCUGUGGAUACUCCGAUGUCGAAAAUCUGGCCAGGCUUCAGAAAGCAUUGCAAGGCAGGGCCUUCGACGCUGUUAAGAGUCGGUUGUUACUUCCGGCGUGUGUGCCACAAGUGCUAAACACACUAUACAUGUUGUUUGGCAGACCGGAACUGAAAAUUCAAACGCUGUUGAACAAGAUACGCGAGGUACCGGCACCAAGAUCAGACCGAUUAGAUACAUUGAUCUCAUUUGGUAUGGCCGUCCAGAAUCUGUGUGACCAUUUGGAGGCAGCAGGACAGAUAGCACACUUGUGCAAUCCGACUCUACUGCAGGAGCUGGUGGAAAAGUUUCCAGCACAGCAACGGUUGGAUUGGGCACUCUAUAAACGGCAGUUUAUGGCGGUCGACUUACGUACAUUCUCGACGUACAUGUCAAUCUUAGUAGCUGCAGCCUCUGAUGUCACAGUCAUCGCGGAUAUUAGGCAGUCGCAAGCAGGAAGAAGUGAUCGAGGAAAAGAGAAAAACUUUCUCAAUGCGCAUUCUGCGGCGGAACCAUUCAAGAAGGAAAAUUUGGAGGAAAACAUUUCCGGAGUGGUGUGUUUGGCCUGCAACGGACCCAACCACAAAGUUAGGGAUUGCGUUAUCUUCAAGAAAUGGGGUCCUGAGAAUCGUUGGGAGAUUGUUAAACACUAUCACCUCUGCAAGUUGUGCUUGGGAAAACAUGGGCAGCGACCUUGCAAGCAACAAGAGAAUUGCGGAGUGGAUGGUUGUCAGCUACGACAUCACCCGUUGUUGCAUGCUGAAAUGCAAAAGCAGCAAGUUUCUCCCGAUUUGGAAUCGAAUGCAGCAUUUCAAAAUGUGAGUUCCGGAGAAGGAGUAAAUGCUCAUCAUUCUACAGGAAACGCUACAAUGUUUCGUAUAAUUCCCGUAAAACUUUUCUGGAACGGAAAAUCAGUCGAGACCUUCGCGUUUUUAGACGAUGGUUCAUCGAUGACGCUGAUCGAACAGUCAAUUGCCGAUCGUUUAGGCAUAGAUGAUGGUGAAUUUCUUCCUCUGGGCCUAACUUGGACGGGCAACAUAAAUCGGCAAAUCAAAAACUCUAAGCGGGGUUCCGUUGAUGUCUCUGGUCUAGGUGCCAGUAAAAGUUUUGCUCUGAAUCAUACUAGAACUGUUCCGAACCUAGAACUUCCGAGGCAAACACUGAAGUACGAAGAAUUGGCACGUCAAUAUGCUCAUUUGAAAGGGCUGCCGAUCAGCAGUUACGAAGCAGUUUCGCCUGGUAUAUUGAUAGGUUCCAACAAUGCUAGUUUGAUCGCAACAUUAAAGUUACGUGAAGGAGAGCUUGGCGACCCGUUGGCGGCGAAGACUCGACUGGGUUGGUCUAUUUACGGACAUGUAGCUAACAUGCGAGAAGCACAGAACUUUAGCUUUCAUAUUCGUGAGAAUGAAUUUGAAAACAAUGAAGACGAAGGAAAAUUGGAAAGCUGUCGUCCCAAAUCUGGAGGUGACGGCACAAGCGCUUCAAAAGGUUCAACGAAGCAGAAAUCAAGAAAGAUCAACCUCGAUAAGCUGAAGUGUGACAAGGAUUAUGCAUCGAGUGGAAUAGAAACAGGAAAGGAUGGCGACAAAGCAGUAAGGUCUAGAACAUGGUUGACUAAACGAAACAAAGGAUGGGACCACAUGCCUAGGCAUACAGACAUCUUUGGAAAGGACAAUCUGUUGCUGCCGAUAGCAUCACGAUCUCAACGGUCAUUGGAUCUACCAUCAUCAACGUUAGCAGUGCUGAAGCGGCAUAGUGUUAGUAACGCGUUCAAUAACGGAUACGGGAAUGCGUUACGGGUUGGGGAAUGUUGCCGAUACUGGCAGCACUGCACCUCGCAGCCUAGUGGUGUUCCUGAUCGAGGUAUACCCUUUGUACGCGAGUGACAUGCGAGUGUCAUCUAUAACCGUCAGUCUGAACUGUUUAUAGUUUGAGGUGUCAGUUGUCAGUAAGUGAUGUAAAUGAAGAUCAAAUUCUGCAAGUCAGCACUUAGUACAAGCUACACGACCAAGUUUGGAUUUUUUCGGAAUUAGUUAGAUAAAAAUAGUUGGAUUUAACG